AUGCUGCUCAAGGACCAACAGUACUUGCCGGUGAGCACAGCACCACCGGACGACUCAAUAUGGCAAGGAAUCAACCAGGGAACAUUCCGUCAAAAUAUAGCCUCUCUGGAGAAAUCCUUUAAGACCAGACCUGGUCCAAAGGAAACUGUCCCACGAGAUGGCUGGGAGAAGCGACGAGCGGAGCUGUCCUCGCAGGACUACAUUAUACCCUUCAACACGGAGCAGCAAUUGGCGGAAGACUUUGCAUUUCUAGUUGCCGCGGAGCCUGAGUCCAAAGCAACUUCUGCAGUUUGCAUAGAAGAGCAGUCGGAGCCUGAAGGAUUAGUCGUGCGUCUAGCGGCCGAUGAACCAGUGACGACAAGGAGUUAUCCUAACAGUGCGAUCUUUUCUCAAGGAAUAUCGCGAAAUGAGUGCACAGAGAGGGUAUUUGAUAUCGUCAUCAGACUCAAUCGCGAUCGAAUCCAUGCGCGUCUGCACUCGAGCCGUUGGGAGAGGAGCGCAUCCACGGGUCCAGUGUGCGAUAUCUUGAAUACGUUAUCUGACACAUACCGUUCCGUAGAGGAUAUCCCCGAGAGGGGUAGAGAGAUACAGGCCCUCAAGGCAGUUUGUCGAGAAAGCAACGAGGCCUUUCAAUGGUGGGCCAGAUCUAUUUCGACGUCUCAAUACCCCGAUAGAGACAAGCGGUGCUGUUUCAGCAAAGCUGCCAUCCAGCAGAUAGGGAAAAUCGGACGAUACUGGAGUCUCUCGGCCAAUCUGACCUCAGCAGCUAGGAAGUAUGCAGACUUAUUUUCCAACCUCAGAUACGACAUCCUGACUCCUUACCAAUCCACUAUGUUUCAAUCCCACUCUGGACAAUUGACUCACUUCUGCCAUGUCCAUGCCGAAGUGCAGAUGGUCGCGUUUUACGAGAGUGAAGAAAACGGCGUCCGUAUACGACCACGAGUCAUCGGUGCCAGCAAAGCAGCAUGUUACUUAUGCAACUCAUUCAUCUACUCGCAUGGAUCAUUCUUCCUUUCCCAAACACAGGGACACCUGCACGGCCAAUGGACCGUACCCGAUUUAGCUCAGUAUCCUCCCACAGGCCGGAUGCGACUGCGAGCAGCUCUUUCAGAAGUCAAUGAUCGCAUCGGAAGGGAGGCCAUGGCUCAAUCAGCCGAUCAUCUUCCCUCUCUCGAUUUGCUCGAUCUUCGCGAACGAAUUUUAUCUGGAAUCACACCCUCAGAUACAAAUACAAAUACAAAUACAAGCACGAGAUCCGUCUCCAGCAACAGACUCACCAGCACCGGACAUACCUCUGCCGCUACCAGAGCCAGAACACCAUCAACCCUUCCAUCCUCCAUAUCGUCUCUAUCCCUCCCUCCACCAGCACACCCGGUCUCUCCAGAAUCAGUAUCCGACGGAUCCACAUCGACCCAAUUCCUGAAUAGCAAACAUAUCUCCGACGGCCAUGACCUCGACGAAGACACGAUCCUCCACGUAAUGGCAAAUCAUAUCUGGAUGAAUUUCGAAAUGGAAGGGCCUAAACGCGGCCGAUUUGCGGUCCGACCGACCCCGCCGCCUGACGGGGCCCCAAUCGAUUUCACGGCUCGAGUGGAGGAUAUCGCAGACGGGUCGCAGAUUCACAUCGCAAAGAGAUCGGGUAGUAAGGUUGUGAAUCUGGAGUUGGUCUACGGACAGGGUCGGCCGGUGUUUGUGUCGUUGAGAUGGUAUUAA